CGCUCUGAUUGGUCUGAUUCUGUACAAGUCGGGUGAAGGUGAAAUAGGUCCAACUGUGCAAAACAGUCCUCCGUUGCAGUUCAACAUUAUGUCAUCAAGUGGACUUUUAACCAUUCGUUCUGAACUUUGCAAGCGUUUGGUAAGUGGGGGUGACCAAAAUCAAUGUGGGGAAGCAUUCGUUCUCAUUUUAUCGGAUGCAUGCACAUGCUAGCAGGCUAUUGUUGUUUUGACAGCCGGUUACAAAGAAAAGGCCUGCCAUGUAACCUUAGCUAUCUAUCUGAUAUAGUUAGCUAGCUACUGCAAUCCCUGUAAUGUGUACGCUUGCUAUCUAAUGUUAGUUGGCUCCCAGAAAUAUAUUGCUGUAACUACACCUCAAUAAUAGCAGUAGUAGCUAAUCAGAUUGCUAGCUGGCUGAAUGUAGCAUAACGUUCCUCCACCCCUCACACACUGACCAUUGUUAUGAAACAAAACAGUACCUACCUGCUAAAAGUCAUAUCCCUCCUCUGCCCUUCCAGGUUCACAAGUACCUGUCAAGGACCUAUUCAACUCGCCCUUCUUUAAAUGUGAGUAUGUGACUGAAAUGUUUUGGAACAUAGUUGACCCUUUCCAGGAUCUUUGCAGCUAACUUGACACAUUGAAAUGACUGAGUGAGUGAGAAUGUAGUAAGCUACAAAAGGAUUUUGCCAAACUUUGAUGAGUCAUUUCAGGAAGUGGUCAUCGUCAGUGCCGUCCGCACCCCGAUGGGGUCCUUCAGAGGGAGCCUGGCAGCCGUACCCGCCACCAAACUGGGCUCCAUCGCCAUCAAAGGAGCCAUUGAGAAAGCAGGUAUGAGUGUGAUAUGAAGCAUGAAGACUUUACAUCAUUACAUUCAUUCACAGUAAAAUGAUUGACAAUUACAUGCAUGUUUUGAUACAGCAGUAGUGCUGAGCGAUUAAUGCUUUUUGAGAACGUUUCGGUUUGAUUCUUAAAAAAUAAUCACGGUUUUCGGUUUCGAUACAUUUUUUUAAAACAUAAAUGCAUUAUGUGGGUUGUAUGCUGUGACAGAAUAAAACGUUAAUAAAAGUCCCAUGAUGGUAGUGACUGCCCAUUACUGCUUGUCACUUAUUAGCCAUCAUUUAUUUACAUGACUUUACUUUAAUAAAAUGUUUCAGUUGUGUAUAUUACAUUUGUUUUAUUUGAGGACAUUAUUAUUUCAUUCCAAGUCAUUAUCUCAUCUCUAUAGAGCUGCUGCCUAUGCUGUCUGACAAAAUCACUAUUUUAGUAGUUCUUCAAAGUAAAUAAGGCAUACUUUUAUGACUGUUGAAUACCAACUAUCAAUCACUUAGAUCAUGUAUUUUCAGGUAGAGAUACCUUGCGAAGCAACUGCUCUCUAUCCUUUAAUCGCACAUUCUUCUGUCUCUUUUACGUAGCAGGCGUGAAAGAAACACAGACCGGACAAGUAGGCGUGCAAUGGAUUAUGGUCAUUGUCGUUAAUUACCAAGUUUUCUGUGCUAAACUAUGUAGAAUAUUGGCCUGUUGGAAUCUACAACUCCCUACCACAUCGCACAGUUUGGGCUUGAUCUGAUUUAUCUCUAGAGAAACUGCUCAAUGUGCACAUUAAGCUCACAAAAAACCCGAACUAAAUGGAAUUCAAAUAAUUGAAUUGACUUCGGUUAAUCGCUAAGCAGUAUACAGCAGUUAGGCUAGUAAAACAACAUUGUAAAUUGCAUCUGAAAUGUAAACCGCACAGUCCAUUUUUUAAACCGUAAGAUGUAUAUUGUGUGAUGGUGGCCAGGUAUCCCAGUUGAGGAGGUGAAGGAGGUCUACAUGGGAAAUGUACUGCAGGCUGGGGAAGGACAGGCCCCUACAAGACAGGCCCUGCUUGGCGCAGGUAUGUUCAGAAACACACACACACACACACACACACCACAUUAUCAGGUGUGCUAAUAGACUCUUCUACUCCCCCCCCCCCCCCCCCCCCCCCCCAGGACUGUCCUUCUCCACUCCAGCAACAACAAUCAACAAAGUGUGUGCCUCUGGGAUGAAGUCUAUCAUGCUGGCUGCCCAGUGUCUGAUGUGUGGACACCAGGUACAGUAACAUAACAGCUCACUGUGUUACCAUAACAUCACAUGACAUGACCAGACUUAGCUGCUAUUACCCCUGGUCUGAUCAUGUGCAAUAUCACUGUGUGUUACUCUGUUUGCCAAAACAUUAUGUUAGGUAGGCCUAUAUGAGGUGCAACACUCCAUGGAAGAACACAGGACUUUACUACAUAACAAAUAUUGCGCUCACACAGAUUACAGAUGUCCGAUGAAGGUCAUUGUGACCAAAAUAUAACCAUGUCGUUAAUCUUUAUCUAAUAAACCCAGUAUUUUUCUAUGGAAAGUGUUGCAUCAUGUAACAUAGGAAUAAUCUCCUUAAAAAGUGUUCAGGUUUUACCUGAGAAACAAAACUGGUUGCUGUAGUUUUUAUUUCUCCCACUGACUGUGAAUGUGUUAGGAUGUGAUGGUGGCAGGCGGUAUGGAGAGCAUGUCCAAUGUCCCCUACGUGAUGACUAGGGACACUCCGUCCUACGGAGGUGUGAGGAUGGAGGACCUCAUCGUGAAAGACGGCCUCACUGACGUCUACAACAAAUUCCACAUGGUAUUUUCUCACUGUAUUAAAUAUUUAAAUAAAGCAAAUGGUGUUCUCUAUAGGAGUGUAUGUGUUGGGUUGUUCUUGCUGACCACUGUCCAGACAUUAUUAUUUCCAUUCAUUUGGAGACAGAGUAAGCAAUGGUUAGUAGUUGAGUUCUUGAAUUUUGAAGAGGAUUACAUGUGUUUUAAUGGAUUUUACUGUGUAGGGAAACUGUGCAGAAAACACAGCCAAGAACAGCCAGAUCACCAGGGAGGAGCAGGAUGCCUACGCCAUCAGUUCAUACAGCCGCAGCAAAGCAGCAUUUGAAUCAGGACUGCUUGCGAAAGAGAUUGUCCCUGUUAAUAUCCCUCAGAAAGGUAAAGGAUGGUAUCCUAUAACAUAUCACCUCAAUAAAUAAUGGAUAUCUAAAUAAACUAAACCAAACCAUGUUACCAUGUUUCUCCAUAGGCUUAUUCUCAGUUGUCAGAUGCAUGUAACUGACAUAGUGUUGUUCCUCUGCAGGCAAGCCUGAUGUGGUAGUGUCAGAGGAUGAGGAGUGGAGGCGCGUGGACUUCAGCAAAGUCCCCAAACUGAGAGCAGUGUUCCAAAAGGAGAAUGGUAAGUACCCUAGUCCUAGUUGAUAGGCCUCUGAACUGGUGUCUGCUGCAUGUUUGCUUAUAUAUUACUGAGUAGGGGGGCAUCUGAGCUUACAGAAAGCCAAAAAUAGACAUCAAUUUCAAUGUCUUUUUCAAUGCGUCUGUUUUUUCAACUCUUGGGUCGAUAUCCUUUUUUCAUGGUAGCCCAAGGUAAUGGUAAUCCAUGAUAAUGGGCAUAAAGCAAACGUCUUCAGAAAUUUGCAUAAGGACAGAGACUGACUCAAACACUCUCUGAUGUGCUUGAGACAAACCUCUCUGUGUGCAGAUUAAGUUGAUUCUGACUGGUGAUUUGGAUUCCAGGCACGGUGACUGCAGCUAAUGCCAGCACGCUGAACGACGGGGCCGCCGCUCUGGUUCUCAUGACGUCCGACGCGGCAAAGAGACUCGGCGUCACCCCAUUGGCCAGGAUCGUCUGUAAGGCUCCACCCCCCACGCAGCCCAGUACCAGACUGUAGUUACGUAAUGCUUUGGCACACAGCGUGUUUGUAGAGAUAACAAUCCAGGGGGAUUCCCAUGAACAUCCUGAGCUCUGUCAUUUCCUGGUUGCUAAAAUUCUAAUAGUUUCAAUUUAUGUGACAACACAAGCAAGUAUAGUGUAGAGAAUCAUUGUACCAUCUAAACCGCUGUGAAAUAUAUUUUCAAUAACCAAAAAUAUUGUAUUUUCAGCUGUUUUGAAGCUGGUGUAAAAAAAGGUCAAUUUAACAGGUUUUUUUUAUGACACUGAUGCCACGCAAGCGCUUGUACGUGCGCACACGGGGGGGUCUUGGAUGGUUGAGGGGCAGCUCUCGGGGGAACUGUGGGGGAUCUUGGAUGGUUGGUAGCCUGGCGGUUGGGAGCUUGGGCCGGUGGCCGAGAGGUUGCUGAUUAGGGUCCCCGAUUUCACUUGCUGGGAGAUCUGUCAAUGUGCCCUUGGGCGGGGCGCUUGACCCUGGUUGUUCCUGUGGGUCGUUCUGGAUGGGAGUGUCUGCUAGAUGACCGAAUGUAAUGUAAAUGUUGAGCGACUUCACUGCAGGUAGAUUGUAUGUUUUAAAAAAUAAAUAAAAACAGAAAGCAUAGAAAUAGCGCACAUAGAACAUAUCUACAACUUAGACUUGCUUUUAAUGAGAACGACAGAUCUAUAACUCACAUUUCUAUGUGAAUUUGGUCCGGUCGCCCAAAAAGUUACAUAUUGCAGCUUUAACAACACUUUCAUUGACAAUCUGCUAUUCAUUUUACAAUUCAGGUUAAAGUGAUAAGCUGUUUAAAGAGCAGUAUAUCCCCUAUAUGCAUUUAGCAACGGUGAACCGCCGCUGCUAAAUCAUGGCCGCCACUGUGGGAUGGUAAAACGUUUUCAUUGUAAACUUACACAAUUAAGAUAUAGAUAUCAAUAAAGAUAAGCCCCUGGUUCAACCGUGAUCUGGCAGAGUUACUCCACCUCAAGAAUUCCAUUUGGCGACUCGCUCGGCACACGCAUACUCAGGCUGACUGGCUCUCGUUCAGGCAAAUGAGAAAUAUAUGCACUCAGGCUAUCCGGAAGACCAAAGUUAGUUACUUUAAGAAGCAGUUCUCUCUCUGUGGGUCUAACCCCAAGAAGUUCUGGAAAACAGUUAAAGAUCUGGAGAAUAAACCCUCAUCUUCACAGCUGCCCAUGUCCCUUAAUGUUGAUGAUGUGGUUGUUACUGACAAGGAGCACAUGGCUGAGCUCUUUAAUCACCACUUCAUUAAGUCAGGAUUCCUAUUUGACUCAGCCAUGCCUCCUUGCCCGUCCAACAUUUCCUCAUCUCCCACCCCGCGCAAUAUACAGUUGAAGUCGGAAGUUUACAUACACCUUAGCCAAAUACAUUUAAACUCAGUUUUUCACAAUUCCUGACAUUAAAUCCUAGUAAAAAAUUCCCUGUCUUAGGUCAGUUAGGAUCAGCACUUUAUUUUAACAAUGUGUAAUGCCAGAAUAAUAGUAGAGAGAAUGAUUUAUUUCACCUUUUAUUUCUUUCAUCACAUUCCCAGUGGGUCAUAAGUUUACAUACACUCAAUUAGUAUUUGGUAGCAUUGCCUUAAAAUUGUUUAACUUGGGUCAAACGUUUCGGCUAGCCGAAACCUAAGUGUAUGUAAACUUCUGACUUCAACUGUAGUUUUAAAGGUUAUACAUGUAACAUUUCCACCUGCAACUAAAACCCAGUGUCAAUCACAUACCAGUAGCAGCAAAGGAAUAGAAAGAGUAAAACAUAAUUUUUAGAAUGCCUCGUGAUGCUGCUAAUCAGCUGUUACCGCAACUAGCCGGUCCAGCUGUUGUUGUCUCUACAACUUCUUGUAUUACGAUUGGGUCUCAUUAGUGAUGUUGACAACAAUAGCAAAAACAUUAGUAAUACAAAACUUCUUCACGUACCUGAAACAUAUGUUUUCUGGAUUAUGAUCAAGAUGCAGUACUAAGGCAUUUUAGGCAUUUCUAAGCAAUGGCGUUCAAAAAACAUGAAGAAAUCAAAAUUAUGGCUAAAAUAUGACAUGUUGCUCCUGUAAAUAAAAUGUCUUAAAAGCUUUUUUAUUCUUAUUUUCUAGCUUUUGCUGAUGCAGCUACUGCUCCCAUUGAUUUCCCCAUCGCUCCUGCCUUUGCUGUACCAAAGGUGAGUCUGAGUGUUAAUGGGACAUUUCCAAAUGUUUCAACUCCCUAUUCAUCAACAUAUGUGAAAAUACAGCAUUUCUAUGUGUUGUUGUACAAGAGAUAGAGGAAAAUACGUUUUUACUAAGUUGUAGGCAAUGCCUGCUCAUCAUUGGUUGAAAUCACAUGAUGCACCCCUGAUGAUGCCAAUGGAAAAAUGUAUCUUCCUCUAUCUUUUUGACUACAAAACAUAGAAACCUGCCUUUUCUCAUACAGUAUGUUGAUGUUGGGGUAGUGCUGGAGAUUGAUAUGAAGUUUUUAAUUUAUUUUUGAUGUCCCUUUAACAGAAUGACUGCUGUUGUGGUUGUUUCAAGUAACUUGUGGUUAUCAUCAUCACUGUACCUUUAGAUAAUAUGGGUUAUCAGAGAUGGGGACAGCAACAUGACUCAUGAAUAUAGCUUCUCGCAGUGCAAAAAAUCAUCUGUCUUUGUUAAAUUCAAUUGAAUGACAGCACAUAUUUGCUAUAAAUGAUCAUGGAUUUUCAGUCAACUUACCUGGUAAAAUAAUUAAAGAAAUAAAGAAAUUGACAUGUUUAUGGUCCUCAGGUCCUGGCAGCUGCAGGGCUAAAGAAGGAGGACAUUGCCAUGUGGGAGAUCAACGAAGCCUUCAGUGUUGUGGUUCUGGCCAAUGUAAAGAUGCUGGACAUCGACCCCAGCAAAGUCAAUGUCAAUGGAGGAGCUGUCUCCCUGGGACACCCUAUUGGGUAAGCAGCAUGAUGAUAAACAAAUAAAAGCCUGAUAAUAAGGGGGGGAAAGACAGAUCUUUGUGAUGCUUACCUUCUGUCAUUCUGUCAAUCUCUCAGGAUGUCGGGGGCGAGAAUCGUGGGACACAUGGUACAUGCUCUGAAGUCUGGCCAGUACGGCCUGGCUGGGAUCUGCAAUGGUGGUGGUGGAGCCUCCUCUAUCAUCAUCCAGAAGUUAUAGGAAUCUUUAUCUUCUCUCUUCCCCUUAAAGAUGUUAUUAUCAGACAAGCAUAUAAACUGCCUGAACUGAGCUGUUAAACCACUGUUGGAUGUACAUUUCAUGUUUUAGACCAUGCCGUAUCACUCUAGAUCAUGUGUCUGACAUGAACAAGCUCCAGUCCGGCAGCCUUACUGGUCAACUAACCUACUGUACACGAAAACUGAUAUGACUCUCAUGUUUAAGUCACUCCUGUUUUUGAUGAACGUUUGUUGCAAGAGGCAAUUUAUAUUUAACUUUGACUGUAAAGAUGAAUAAAUAGUUUAUUAUGAAAAAAGAGCCUUCUA